GAAUAGGCAAUGAGUUGUGAGAGAGAAGGAGGUUGGUGGAGUUGAUGGCGGCUGUGUGAGAGGGAGUGAGCCAGGCCAGACGUGUGCCCUGCCCGAGCCUUCAGUACUUCUCUCCACGACUAUGGAGCUCGACACCCACAACCACCCACUCUUUGGCAAGAUACAAUUCACUGGAGAAGAGCAAACAGCCAUUCAAAAUGUUUUGCGGCAGAAGCUUGGCCCUUCAUUCAUCAGUCAAAGGGCUGGACCAAGUGGCCAAAGGAUUGCAUACAUAGAAGGUUGGCGACUCGUCAGCCUUGCUAAUGAAAUCUUUGGCUUUAACGGUUGGAGUCAUUCAGUUACAAAUCAAACAAUUGAUUUUGUUGACCACUACAAUGGUAGGUAUUAUGUUGGAGUUAGUUCUAGAGUUCGAGUGCAGCUAAAAGAUGGAGUUUACCAUGAAGAUAUUGGCUAUGGUGUUUCUGAAGGAAUGAAGAGCAAGGCUUUAUCAGUAGAGAAAGCUCGAAAGGAAGCGGUCACUGAUGGAUUAAAGCGAGCACUGAAAAGUUUUGGAAAUGCCCUUGGAAACUGCCUCAGUAGCAAGGAUUACCUUCGUUUUAUUGGCAAAGUGCCAGCCUCCCCAGCACCAAAUAUCAGUUCUAGUGAUUUGCUUCAUCAAGAUGUCAACACGGGCCUUGCACAGAUUCGCAGAAGAGUCACCGAAGAAGGCCGAGCUCAGAGACAGAAAAGUCGUGUGCAUGCAAAAGCAUCAAGAGAACAAGUUACGAGCGUGAAUGUUCCAAGCCCUGAAGAAGACAGAAUCAGUUCCCACCAUGCAGAAGUAUCAGGCACUGAUGAAAAUAUUAGCAACACAAGAUUACCAGUAACGAAUUCUGAGAUACCUUCAAAAAACAGAAAUACCAAUAAUAUGACACCAUUUGUGAAACUUGAAAGAACUGAAAAUUCAACUAAUACAGAAUUGGCUCAAUCAGCACACAAUCAAAGUUUACCUUUGGAACAAGAUGCCAAGUCCCCUUCUGUUUUAAAUAAGAGUUUCCCAUUAAUAAAUAAAAGUAUACCUUUGGUCAAAACUUCAAGUGUUUGUGUUGAUCAAACUUUAUCUAAUAAGCAUACUGAACAUUCAGUAACAGUGUUCCGAAAUAAGUCAAGUACUGUAGAGAGAACAUUAUCCCCCUUGGUUCCAAAUAAAAAAUCAAUUAUUAUGGAGAACAGCAUCUCAUCCUUAAGUGAACCAAAUGUGGAAGGGUUAAAUUCACAUGAAAAAGACACCUUGAUACCUGGAGCAGUCGAUGCACCUAUUGAAAUACCGGUAGAGUCCAACAACCUCAGUAUGUCAGAAUGUGUUAAUAAUUCUCAUCGGAAGAUGGAACUUGCAGAAGUAACAGAAGAACGGGAAAAUUCACCAAACUCUUUUAUUGGUUUUACUAAGGAAAUGAUUGUCAUAUCACCAAUGACUAAAUCCCCUAAACACAAAUUUGAUGAAAAUAAGCAAGAAAGGAAAAGAAGACAGAGAGAAAAGCAACAGGCAUUCAAGAUGAAAAUGAAAAAUAGAAAUCUGCCUGGAAAUUCUGCUAAUUUGAUUGUACUGAACAAGCCAGAAACAUCAGAAGCAAGCUUGUGGGACGAUGGAGGGGAUAUGGUUGGAGAAGACGAUCCAACAUUUUGGGCUCAGCUGAUGACACAACAACUCCUAGAAGCUAGACAAGAGCAGCAACAAACAGAAUCAUUUGCAUACUCUUUAGGUUUAGCACCUUCACGAACAAAUGAAAAAUAUGAAAGUCAGCAUUCCAGCAUUGGGCAUGUAGGGAAAGCCUCUACGUCUGCUGCUUAUGGUCUUGCUGCAGGUCCUAAUGAUAGAUAUGUAGACAAUAAUAGAGAUACCAGUUCAAUUUAUCAUAAUGGUCAGACACAUUUAGCUCCUACAAGUAUUUAUACACCAUCAUUUAGAAAUAAUACAAAUGUUAAGCUUGGUGAUGGCACUUUUAUUGCUAUGGAUAGAAAUAGCAAAAUUGAUAUUUCAGGAAAGAUGAUAAUGUCAGAAACUGUUAAACUAAAGGGAGAAAAAGACCGAAGUAGUGAGAGGGCAGUUCAAAUGAGUUGUAAUUCUAUGUACAUUGAGGGAGAUGAUUUAUCUGUAUGGCGUUCUCCUCGAACCAACAAAGGGAAUACACAUAAGUAUGAAGACUUCAAGGUACCUAUGGCUCGAAGUAAUGGCUGUAGUGAUGGAAGAUCAAGCCCAGUAUUUCCAAGCAAAAAACGAAAAACAGAGGGAAGUCAGUGAAAACUUAAUGUUUUAGCGGCAUCUUUGUAUUAUUGUCUAUAGAAAAUGAAAAAUUAGUUUGCCACAUGUCAAAACGAAUGGUUCAUGUUCAUUGGGUUUAUUUUCCAUUUUAUUUAUCAUUACAGGCGAUGUGGAAGGUGGUUAUAUAUAUCAUGUCAAACUGCCCAGUUUUUUUUUUUUUUUCUUUUUCUUUCUUUAUUGCAUUGACAUGUUUAUUUUAAUUGUAAUUAAUAUAGGUAUUUUACUCUUGCACGUUUUCAUAAUUUAAUUUUUGGCGAGUUGAUACCGUUAUUGUAUCUUCAGUUUUGGCUGACCUAUACUGCUCAUUGGUUUGCAUCACAAGUGUAUUUUCAAGUAUAAUUUACUCAUUGGAAUGUCUUUCGAGACAAUUUUUUUCAGUUUUAAAUUGGCUUAUGUACAUUACUGUCAUUACAGCUCCAUCAAUAGCUGGGAAGCAGGGGCUUAAACAAGCAUCCUUUCAUCUCGCGUGUCUAGUCAAAGAUGUUAAAAAAAAAAAAAAAUUUCGAGUAGAUACAGUAAUUUAAAAUGAAUUGUUUUAGUAUGGCCAGGAUGUUUGAAGGUCUUAAAUUUGUUUGAAAAAUAUUAAUUUAAUAUUGCAUCUCUUGAAGCACUGUAUUUGGACUGGCACAUUGUGUAGGCAAUAUGUACUGCAGUUAUAAAAUAAAAAUCAUUCCCAUUAUCAGUCACUUGCAUUCAUCUUUCUUGCACUAGGAGCUUUUAUAAUAUUAAUGACAUGGAAUUGCAACUUGCAUCCAAUUUAUUUUAAGCGUGUUAAAAUUAGGAAACUCAAAACCAAUGUUCCUCUUGAAACAACCUACUCAAAACAUUUCAAUUGCAUUAAAUUUCAUCUAGGUUAUUUGUAUCUUAAAAUUUUGUAUAUGUAUUAAAAAAAACAAAAAGGAAA